AUGGAAGCUAAUGCCAAGUUAUGCGCGCAUGAAGGGAAGGACUUGCAAGAUGGAGCAAUGUACCGACAGCUGGUUGGUAGUCUAAUUUAUCUAACAUUGACUCGACCAGAUAUCUCGUAUGCAGUUGGUGUAGCAAGUUGGUAUAUGCAACACCCAAAGAAACCUCAUUUGGAAGUAGUGCAACAAAUGCUGAGGUAUGUCAAAGAUACCAUUAACUAUGGUCUCUUAUAUAAGAAAGAUGACGAGGUUAAGAUAGUUGGAUACUGUGAUGCUGAUUAUGCUGGAGAUCAUGAUACCUGUCGAUCAAGUACUGGGUAUGUAUUCAUGCUUGGAUCUGGAGCAAUAUCUUGGUGUAGCAAAAGGCAACCACCGGUGUCCUUGUUAACCAUUGAAGCAGAAUAUAGAGCAGCAGCAAUGGCAGCUCAGGAAAAAAAUCCAAUAUUUCAUGCAAGGACAAAGCACGUGGAAGUGCAUUAUCAUUUUCUGAGAGAAAAAGUGCUUCAAGAAGAAAUAGAGAUGCAACAAAUCAACACAAAUGAUCAAGUUACUGACAUAUUCACCAAAGGACUAAGCACAACCAAGUUUUCGAAAGUCAGAACUCAACUAAACCUCAUCAAACGAGAAGAAACUUAG